GGCUCACUUACUCGCCACUAUAUCACAUCGUAUCCCAUCAUUUACCAAUCAAUAUUUUCCUUCUUUCUUUCUCCCACACCCACCACUACAUACUACUUACUAUUCCCCCUCCAUCAUGUAAGAGAAAGCACACACAGUUGUGUUCAUCAAUUCUUAUUCUUUCUUCAAGAGAUGAGCCAGUGUGUUCCCAGCUGGGAGGUGGAGGAUACCAAUCCACCGCCCCCAAGACCCUCUCUACGUUCCAACUCCAACUCAACCAUCCCUGACGUUCCCAUGUUAGACUAUGAAGUCGCAGAACUAACAUGGGAAAAUGGACAGCUAUCAAUGCAUGGCUUAGGGUUCCCGCGAGUGCCGACCAAGUCCUCGGCGGUUACAACAACCGCCAAUAAGUACACAUGGGAAAAGCCUCGUGCAAGUGGCACAUUGGAAUCCAUAGUCAACCAAGCAACUACCACACCCCAAAACGCCAAAUCAACAGCCGUCCACGGUUUCGGCGGUGUCUAUGAAAAUCUGUUAGUCCCAUGGGUUGAUCCCCACCGUGUCCCGGCCACCGUUAUUUCUCCGGGAACUUCAAACACGGUGACCAUGGACGCGCUGGUACCGUGCUCAAACCGGGUAGAGGAGCAAAGAACGCCUCAAGUUAUGGACUCCAUCUCCGGAGGGCUUGGAGCGUGCAUGGCGGGUCGCACCACACGUAUGGGCGCCGGUGAUGCCAAAGAUGGAGGCGCCCUUGAAAAACGCGCCGCCAUGGUGAGACGUGUCCCGGCACCGACGGUGUCGGCACAUGAGAUGAGUAGCAGGGAUCAGAGUGUGAGUGGCAGCGCCACCUUUGGGAGGGAAAGCCGGCACGUGACACUUGACACGUGCGAGAGGGAGUUCGGAGUGGGUUUCACUACCUCGACGUCGAUGGGGUCGCCGGAAAAUACAAGCUCUGCAAAGCAGUGCACCAAGACCAACACCAUUGACGACCAUGAUUCCGUUUGCCACAGUAGAUCAAUGGAGAAGAAGAAAGAAACUGGAAAAUCUUCUGUGUCCACUAAAAGGAGUAGAGCCGCAGCUAUACACAACCAAUCUGAAAGGAAAAGGAGGGAUAAGAUAAACCAAAGGAUGAAGACAUUGCAAAAGCUGGUCCCAAAUUCUAGCAAGACGGACAAAGCUUCAAUGUUGGAUGAAGUGAUAGAAUAUCUUAAACAGUUGCAAGCACAAGUGCAGAUGGUGAACAGGAUCAACAUGUCAUCCAUGAUGCUUCCCAUGACCAUGCAACAACAGCUUCAAAUGUCAAUGAUGGCUCCCAUGGGCAUGGGAAUGGGGAUGGGGAUGGGCAUGGGCAUGGCGGGGAUGGGCAUGGGCAUGGAUAUGAACACCCUUAGUCGCACUAAUAUCCCUCCUGGAAUCCCUCCAGUCCUCCACCCUUCUCCCUUCAUGCCUAUGCCUUCUUGGGAUGCUGCUGCUACCGCCACUGCUGCCGCCGCAACUGGAGCUGCCGACCGACUUCAAGGACCUACACCCUCCGCCAUGCCUGACCAUUUAUCCUCAUUUUUCGGAUGUCCAUCACAGCCCAUGAGCAUGGAUGCGUACAGUAGGAUUGCUGCCAUGUACCAGCAGCUUCAGCACCAACAACCUCCACCUUCAGGUUCCAAUAAGACCUGAUCCUCCACCUCAUGCUUUGUAUUCAGCCUUUGUGGCAGUGACGAACUACUACUACUACUACUACAAGAAAUUGUGCAUACUUUUAUUCUUUGUGAUAUAUAUAUACCUAAUGAAGGAAGUGACGAUGAGUAUUGUGAAAAAUGAUAAGCAUCAACGAGAACUGAACGAGCGCAUUUGGUAAUGUAUUUGUAUAUUAGCUGGAAACGCCUUCCCUUCCUUCCUUCCUUCAAUUUUCUUUUUGGCUUGUUAAGGUUUAGUGGGUUCUCUUGGCUCUAUUUAACCUUCAUAUAUAGAAGUUCAUGCAACUCAGAGCUUGUGUGCUUGUUAUUGUUAUUGUUAUUAUUAA